CGACACACAGGUUGGCUUUUCAGCUGUGGAGAUACAAUUCAUUUUGCACCAUUCCCAGAGAGAAGGGGAAAAGAGCUAGCUUCGCUCUAAUGUUGCUCCGGAAGGCCCAGUGAUAAUCCUCAGAGAUGCCUAUUCUCUCUGGAGCCAGUGACCAUGACUACAGUUAUGCUUCUUGCAGCUCCUUGAACCAUCUGAUCCCCAUCUCAGUGGUCGAGACUCCUCCUGCCAAAGGGGUCCAUUACCGAAGGGCCCAGAAGAUUUACCACCCAGAUCAGUUGCGAGAAACAGACGAGAAGAGGGAGAUCAUGGUCAAUGUCGGCGGCAUCAAAUACUUGCUGCCCUGGAGCACGUUGGAUGAGUUCCCGUCAUCCAGACUGAGCAAGCUAAAGUUCUGCAGCAGCUACGAGGAGAUCAUCCAGCUGUGUGACGACUACGACGAAGACACGCACGAGUUCUUCUUUGACCGCAGCCCCAGUGCUUUUGGGAUGAUUGUCAGCUUUCUCGCAGCAGGGAAACUGAUGCUGCUCCGUGACAUGUGUGCCUUGGCCUUUCGGGAAGAACUGAAGUACUGGGGGAUUGAGGAGUCCCACUUGGAGAACUGCUGUUUCCGAAAGCUGUUCCAGAGUGCCGAGGAACUGGCGGAGAUGCGCAGAGAGGAGGAGAUACAGAUGAACAAGGUGAUGUCUUGUAUCCUAGAAGAUGAGGCCAAAGCUGGUCAGUUUAUGACCAAACUGAGAGACAUGGUGGAAAACCCACAGUCGGGGCUGCCGGGUAAAAUCUUUGCUUGCCUCUCUAUCAUCUUUGUGGCAACCACAGCUAUCAGCCUUUGUAUUAGCACCAUGCCCGACUUAAGAGAAGAAGAAGAUAGGGGUGAAUGUUCCCAAAAGUGCUAUUAUAUCUUCAUCGUGGAGACCAUCUGCGUGGCUUGGUUUUCCCUGGAGUUCUGCCUCCGAUUCAUCCAAGCCAAGAGCAAGUGUCAGUUCUUCAAAGGGCCCCUGAACAUCAUCGACAUCAUGGCCAUCUCCCCUUAUUACGCUUCCCUCAUCGUGCUGGAGGACGAGUCUGUGGAGGACGACAAGAAGCCAAGCGGGAACACCUACUUCGAGAAGGUGGGGUUGGUGCUACGCGUCUUACGUGCCUUGAGGAUACUGUAUGUCAUGCGCCUUGCGCGGCACUCCUUGGGUUUGCAGACUUUAGGCCUCACCAUUCGCAGGUCAGCCCGGGAAUUUGGCCUGCUGAUGCUUUUCUUGUGCGUGGCCGUCACCCUCUUUUCCCCACUGGUCUACCUGGCGGAAAAUGAAUCUGGGAAGGUCUUGGAGUUUACCAGCAUCCCUGCCUCCUAUUGGUGGGCUAUCAUCUCCAUGACGACCGUGGGUUACGGGGAUAUGGUACCAAGGAGUGUUCCAGGCCAGAUGGUGGCCCUCAGUAGCAUUUUGAGUGGGAUACUUAUAAUGGCUUUCCCGGCCACCUCCAUCUUCCACACCUUCUCUCACUCUUACGCGGAGCUGAGGAAGGAACAAGAGAGACUGCAGUCACAGAUAAUGAGGCUGAAAAAUGCGAAUACAUCGGGUGAGAGCGACUCCUUGAACGAGAGCGACAGCUUCCUCCGUGAUCCAGACGGGUCUCCCAUCAAGUACAUUUACAAAGGAUAACGAAUGCCCGGCUGCGAACCAGGAUGAAAACAAACAAACGAAGCCCGGUCUACUGUAAUGCACAAAGCCGAGCAGGAAUCUCCAAGUUUGCUGUCCACCAUUUCCAAUGCACCUGCUUCAGCCAAAACAAACCUAAGUUUUUAAAAAAAUCUGCACAGGUGAAUCAACCGCUUAAAGCACGUUGCUGAAAAGACAGGAAUGGAUGCUUCUGCAGGGCUGGUGCAAGUCGCAGGGAACAGAAAGGGUAGAAUCCAGCAAAUGCUGCAGCUCAGGAAACCCCUGAUAAGAAGCUGGCCAGCAGACUGAGAAAGACACCAAGCUUUGGCCCUCAGUGAGGGGUGGGCAACACGCAGGACACAAGUUACACCAGGCCCAGUGUGGUUCUGUGCACAGGCAAGA